AUGUCAGAAGUAGAAGAUAACAGCCCUGGCGGGUUGAAGGAAGAGAUUGAUGAUUUGUUUGGGGACGAGGGGGAGGAACCACAACAAAACGAGGCAUAUUUGAAGAGUGAAACUGAAGAUGCUCCAUCGGGACGCAUUGACUUUGAUCAGUCAAGUGAUGGGGAAGACUACGAUGACGCAGAUUCAGAAAAGAAUAUCCUAGAACUAUCGCUACCUCGACAUGCUGUAACAGCGUUGACAGAAGGGACACAAAUUUUGAAAACGCCAAUGCAUUUGAACAUCGACCCACAUCCAUUUGACCCGACUACAUUUAAAGAAGAAGUAGAGAAUAAUGCCCUUGAAAGGGUGCAAAAGGGGUUGACUUCCAAGCAGAUAUACAAUGAGCAAUUGGCGGAAAAAUUGAUCAAUGCUUCCACUAUUAGAUGGAGAUAUCACAAUUCCGGAAACGAUGAAAUAGUGAAGCAGUCGAAUGCACAUUUCGUCCAGUGGGAUGAUGGAACUGUCAGUUUAAAGAUUGGUAACGAAAUGUUUGAUGUCAAGAGUUUGCCAACUACUGACAACUAUUUGGUGAAGUCGUACAAGACUGCUGAAAUCUUGCAAACUGACAGUCUCAUUGAAAAGACGAUUAAUUUGUUGCCAGCAUCAAAUGACUCAAUACAUAAGAGGCUAACCCAGGUGAUGAAGAAUAUACACUUUAAGGAUAAGAUCUUAAACACAACGACGGAAGACGAUCCAUUGAAGAAGCAAAGAAUUGCUGAUGAAAAUGAGAGGAAAAAGAUGAAGAUGAAGAGGCAACUAGAGAGUAGGAGGAGAUUGGAGGAGGAAAAAUUUGAAAGAGGUGACAGUCCUGCAUCGGGAUUCAAAGAGAGUUCGUAUGCUAGAUUUGCAAGAACAUAUGGUGACGAAGAAGAGAAUGCGGGUGAGGAAUAUGAUGAGGAAGAUGAUUUUGUAGCUGGAGAUGAAGAAGAGCUUGAGAGAUAUGAUGAUGAUGAGGAGGAGGAGGAGGAAGGGGAAGGGGAAGGAGAAGGAGAAGAGGAAGAGGAAGAAUUUGAAAAAGGUGCCGAAAGAUUACGUAAGUUGAAAGAGGAAGGUCAAGCUAAAUACAGGGAUUUGGCGGAAGAGGAGACUAGAAAAAGAAGAAGGAUUAUAGAAAGUGAUGAAGAUGAAUAG